CACGUACAGACACUUGUACUACAGAUUAAGGUUAAUAUAUCUGUAUUCACUUCUCCAGACUGCUAGUAGCUCAUAUUGAACACGUUCUAUAUUUAAAUUUUAUCGUGAAUAGCUUCAAAUUACGUCCCAUAUUUUAACCGAGGCUAUGUAUACAUGUACAUGGUCACUGUGACGGGUUAUGGCCGUAUACCUAAUCACACACACACUAAUAAUCUUUGUCAUUACUGAGCUUAAACCUAUUCAAACUUAUCGAUUUCUUGACCUGAUAUAAUACAGUUCACAUAUCUGAAAUCCCCAUUGUCUACAGCCUACAUUCGAGCUGAAAAUUAUCAACAGUAAAUUGUACUGUCGAAAUCGGAGGCAUGACACAUGUGUGAAUACUCUAUACUGUUUGUUUUAACCGAAAACUUUCGACUGGUAUCAACUAAACGGGCCUCUACAACACUGGUCCUAUAGUAGUAGACAUCAUUUGAAUUAACUGCCACCAUGACAAAAUUCUUCGGAUCAUGGGAGAUGAACGAUCGUUGUGAGAAAUCAGAGAAUUUUCUCAACUUCUGCAAAGCUGUGGCCAUGAAGCCUGAAGAGAUAGAAUACUACAAAAAGAUGCAAGAGACGAUUACCUACUCCGGUCAAGGUGAACAAUGGGUUUGCGAAAUAUCGAUGGGGGAAAACAAAAGCAAGCACGAAUUCAAACUUGGAAUUAAAAACCCACCGGAAAAGGGAAUUGACGGUUCAACAUUCUGUAUUGAGCCGACAUUAGAAUCUGAGGAUAGACUCGUGGAAAUAGCCACAACAAUGUUGCUAGGAAAAGACAAAGAGAUUGUCACUAGGACCGAGAGGAUCCUGACCGCUCCAAAUAAAAUGAAAUCAAUUGUGACUGACGUAGCAUCGGGGGUCUGCAUGUCGUUUGAUGCAACACGGAAGUGACGUUAUAAUGUUCAUCCGGAAUGAGUAGUCCUCACAUACAACUCAGGGCAGAGAAUUAGUGAUGAUCAGCUGAUGCUAACACCAUAAACGCAAUAAACAGUGUACAUUCUUGUUAUUGAAAUGUGUAUUUUCUACACUUGUUCGUACCUCUCGUGAAAUAUAUGUAAACGAGUAAUGUUUUUAAACGUUGACGACAAAAAAUAAAUAAAGCUCUGUUUGAUUGAC